UAAUCAUAUAUACCCACAUGAAGAGUUUUGAAUUUGAAUAUGAGCAAGAAAAGAAUCCCAAAAUAUCACCAUUUCUAAUAAAUCCUUUCCAAUCAUUGGUUCUCUUAUCAAGAAUAAUUUUCUGGCCCUAGCCCCACACUCAUCACUAUUAUAUUCCUUUUACUGAAAAGUUAAAAAUUAUUUUCAUAAAAAAAUAGGAGCACUAAUCCAUGAAUUUAAUAAAUUGUAUAAAUAAAAAUAAAAAUAAAAAAACUUUAAAAAAAAAAAAUCAAAAACUAAGAAUUAGGUCUGCUUCCUCGUUUGCAUCAAACAAGGAAUACAGUUUACAUCACAUUAAGUGAUUCAGUCAUUCAGAGACACAGAAAUCAAAUAAUCAGAAUUUUUUUUGAAAGGGUAAUUUUAUUUUAUUUUUAUCUUGUUGGGUUUUGUUUUUUUUUUUUUGUAAAAAAAAAAAUAAAUGGGAGAAGAACAAGAACAAGAACAAGUAAAAGCAGUAGAAGAUUCAAAGGAUUCUUCUGUUGAGGUUGAAAGAGCAAAAACUGAAGAAACCCAAGAAAAUAAAAUGGGUAUUGCUGAUUCUGUUGUUAGACCUUCAUGGUUUACUCCAAAAAGGUUAUUGGCAAUAUUUUGUGUUAUUAACUUGAUAAAUUAUUUGGAUCGAGGAGCGAUUGCUAGCAAUGGUGUGAAUGGUGAACGCGGGACUUGUAAGGGUGGCACAUGCUCCGAUGGUAGCGGCAUUCAGGGACAAUUCAACUUGAGCAAUUUUCAAGAUGGUGUGCUAUCUUCAGCUUUCAUGGUUGGACUCUUAGUUGCCUCGCCAAUUUUUGCCACAUUAGCCAAGAGGGUCAAUCCAUUUCGAUUGAUUGGAGUCGGAUUGUUAAUCUGGACUAUUGCUGUAGUUGGCUGUGGGUGUUCAUGGGACUUUUGGUCCAUUUCCAUCUUUCGAAUGCUUGUUGGUGUAGGUGAGGCGUCAUUUGUCAGCCUUGCUGCGCCAUUCAUUGAUGAUAAUGCCCCAGAUAGUCAGAGAACAGCAUGGCUUGGAUUCUUCUACAUGUGUAUACCUGUUGGAUAUGCGGUUGGUUACAUUUUUGGUGGUUUGGUUGGGAGCCAUCUUGCCUGGCGGUGGGCUUUCUUUUUGGAGGCAAUCUUGAUGGUUCCAUUUGUUAUUUUUGGUUUUGUUAUGAAGCCGUUGCAGUUGAAAGGAUUUGCACCUGCCGGGUCCAAGGUAUCGUUGUUGGUGGAGACAGCUGCUGCUUAUGUAGAAGAAACAGAAAUUGCAAUUACUGUCAAUAAAAAAACCGAUGAGAAAAGUGGAACUCCAAAUGAAUCUCCAAAGUCAACCGGGAAUGAAUUUACAAGAUUUCUGAGUGAUAUGAAGUCGCUUCUUUCUGAAAAGGUUUAUGUUGUGAAUGUUCUAGGUUACAUUGCAUACAACUUUGUUUUGGGUGCGUAUUCAUAUUGGGGACCAAAGGCUGGGUACAAUAUCUACAAUAUGAAUAAUGCAGAUAUGGUCUUUGGCGGCAUUACUGUUGGUUGUGGAUUGGCGGGAACUAUUGGCGGAGGUCUCCUUCUUGACUACAUAAACUCGACAAUUUCAAAUGCUUUUAAGCUUCUUUCAUUGUCCACUUUGCUCGGAGCAGCGUUUUGCUUCGGUGCUUUCUGUUUCAAGAAAGAGAUAUUUUUCCUCAUUUUCUUUGCCGUCGGUGAACUAUUAGUCUUUGCUACGCAGGCCCCAGUAAAUUACGUGUGUCUACACAGUGUUAAGCCUAGUUUACGACCACUUUCUAUGGCCAUGUCUACGGUUUCAAUUCAUGUGUUCGGUGAUGUACCUUCUUCACCCUUAGUUGGUGUUCUUCAGGAUCAUAUCCAUAAUUGGAGGAAAACCGCUCUGAGUUUGACGUCUAUUCUGUUUCUAGCAGCUGCAAUAUGGCUCAUAGGAAUCUUUUUGCACAGUCCGGAUAAGUUCAAUGAAGUGAACGAACAUGAUCAUAUUAGAGGAGCUAACGGACAAAACAAAGCACCGUUAUUAGAGGAGGCAAGUAGUGCAUAGUUCAUCGGUUUAACGUAACAUCUCAACGACUAGCAUCCUCACCUUCCUUCGACCUGUAUAGUAUUUUUUUUGUGAGUAAAUGAUAGAUAAGUGUUUUUUUUUGCCCAUCUUUCUAUCACCUACGAUUUUUGCGGGUGAUCAAUUCAUUUCCUUAAGUAGAAGACGAUGAUUGUUUCGACUUUUGCUUACCCACAAGUUUGAUAAUUGAUGUAUAGUUAACUUACUGGUAGAGAAGAUUGCAACAAUUUUUGUGAUUCAGGGCACUGUUUUAGUGCAGUAUCUAAAAUAAGCUAUUUAAGUGUUUUCAGCUUU